CAAACAAUUGUCCUGCACACAGAGGCACAGGUGAACAGUGAGACGUCGUGUUAGUUCUCAUCCUCAAAGCGAAGCUUUCACUGCUGACGCUAAUGGUUGAAUAGGAGUACUGUUAUUGUCAAGUUCACUGCAGAUGCCAGUUGGAAAUUACAGCACGGGUCACUGCAUACCACUAUUGUGUGCUGUUCCUGUAAACCAGUACCGUUUAAAGGGAUUUGUUUAUAACAGCUGAGCUGUAUAUAUACAAACAAGUGUGAACAUAAAGGAGUGUACUUAAUCGUCUGUGGUGCGGUGUUGUCAAUAUAGUUGUGUAACAUUCCGCUAGGAGAAUUAUCAUUGCCGUUGUUAAUAAACAAGAUGAACGCGACGGAAAGCUGUUAUCGAUUUAGAGACCUUGGACGGCGAAAGCGUCGCUGCCAUGCUUUCCGGCGUGGGAAGGAAUAGUGGUUACGCGCUGAACAGCCGCAAUACGCAGUACCACCAUGUUUACAUUGUGGUGAUCAGAAUGCACCAACUUAAGCAUUUUCGUUCCUAUAAAAGGGAGACGGCGCAGUAAACGACAGUGAAAAUGGCAGCCGGAAGGCAAAAGCUGACUGUACCAACAAUCGAAGCAGCUAGCACUGGCAGAAGGGAAAUUAUCUCCAUGCUAGGCAAAAAUUAUGGCUGUGGACAGUGUGGUGCUCCUCCACCUGGCCCUCCACCGGGUGCCCCUGGUCAAGUGGGGCCUCCAGGGGCAGUGGCAGUCCCCCCUGGCGCAAUGGGUCUUGUUCCCCCCCAACAACCUCAUCAACCCCCGCAGCCUCCUGAGUUGCCCAUGUUUAAUUGCCCUAGAAGACCAAAUCUUGGCCGGGAAGGAAGACCUAUUGUAUUGCGAGCAAAUCAUUUUCAAAUUUCGAUGCCAAGAGGGUUUGUCCACCAUUAUGACAUUAAUAUUCAACCAGACAAGUGCCCUAGAAAGGUGAACCGUGAAAUAAUAGAGACAAUGGUGCACGCAUACAGCAAAAUAUUUGGAACACUAAAACCUGUUUUUGAUGGUCGAAAUAAUUUGUACACAAGGGAUCCAUUACCAAUUGGUAAUGACAGAGUUGAGUUGGAGGUGACUUUGCCAGGUGAAGGCAAAGAUCGUGUAUUUCGUGUUACAAUAAAAUGGAUUGCUCAAGUGUCAUUAUUUGCCUUGGAAGAGGCCCUUGAAGGGCGUACAAGACAAAUUCCUUAUGAUGCCAUAUUGGCAUUGGAUGUUGUAAUGAGGCAUUUGCCUUCCAUGACUUACACACCAGUUGGCCGUUCAUUUUUCUCAUCUCCUGAUGGGUAUUAUCAUCCAUUAGGUGGAGGUCGUGAGGUGUGGUUUGGAUUUCAUCAGUCUGUGCGUCCAUCUCAGUGGAAAAUGAUGCUCAAUAUUGAUGUUUCUGCAACUGCUUUUUACAAAGCACAGCCGGUUAUAGAGUUCAUGUGUGAGGUCUUGGACAUACGGGAUAUAAAUGAGCAGCGUAAACCACUGACAGACUCUCAACGUGUUAAAUUCACGAAAGAAAUAAAAGGUUUGAAAAUUGAAAUAACUCAUUGUGGAACAAUGCGACGAAAAUACAGAGUCUGUAAUGUUACAAGGAGGCCAGCACAGAUGCAAUCGUUUCCACUGCAGCUAGAGAAUGGUCAGACAGUUGAGUGUACUGUAGCUAAAUAUUUUCUUGAUAAAUAUAAAAUGAAGCUAAGGUACCCCCACCUGCCUUGUCUACAGGUCGGACAGGAGCAUAAACAUACAUACUUGCCACUGGAGACAAAGCAACAAGCAAUGCCCAAUCAAGGUGUGUGGGACAUGCGAGGCAAGCAAUUCUUUACUGGUGUUGAAAUAAGAGUCUGGGCAAUAGCUUGCUUUGCUCCCCAGAGAACAGUGAGAGAGGAUGCAUUGAGGAAUUUUACGCAGCAACUUCAAAAAAUAAGCAAUGAUGCAGGGAUGCCAAUAAUUGGACAGCCUUGUUUCUGUAAGUACGCCACUGGUCCUGACCAAGUCGAGCCAAUGUUCAGGUAUCUGAAGUCAUCAUUUACGGCACUUCAGCUUGUAGUGGUGGUUCUUCCUGGGAAGACUCCAGUGUAUGCUGAAGUAAAACGUGUUGGGGAUACAGUACUUGGAAUGGCCACACAGUGUGUUCAAGCAAAGAAUGUGAAUAAAACUUCGCCCCAAACUCUGUCUAAUUUAUGCCUCAAAAUAAAUGUUAAACUUGGAGGUAUUAACAGCAUUUUGGUUCCAAGCAUUAGGCCGAAAGUGUUCAAUGAGCCAGUAAUAUUUUUGGGUGCAGAUGUCACCCAUCCUCCUGCAGGUGAUAACAAGAAACCUUCUAUAGCAGCUGUUGUAGGUUCAAUGGAUGCUCACCCUUCAAGAUAUGCAGCAACAGUUAGAGUCCAGCAACACCGCCAGGAAAUCAUCCAAGAACUGAGCAGUAUGGUCAGAGAGUUGCUGAUAAUGUUUUAUAAAAGCACAGGAGGUUAUAAACCACACCGUAUCAUACUAUACAGAGAUGGUGUGUCAGAAGGACAAUUCCUUCAUGUUCUUCAGCAUGAGCUAACUGCAAUCCGUGAAGCAUGUAUAAAGCUGGAAGGAGAUUAUAAACCAGGGAUAACUUUCAUUGUUGUCCAGAAGCGACAUCAUACUAGGUUGUUUUGUGCAGAUAAGAAGGAACAAUCAGGAAAAUCGGGGAACAUACCUGCUGGAACUACAGUAGAUGUUGGUAUUACACAUCCUACGGAAUUUGACUUCUAUCUGUGUAGCCAUCAAGGUAUUCAGGGCACAAGUCGUCCAAGUCAUUAUCAUGUUCUUUGGGAUGACAAUCAUUUCGAUUCAGAUGAAUUGCAGUGCUUGACCUAUCAGUUGUGCCACACUUACGUACGCUGCACUCGUUCUGUCUCUAUACCUGCUCCUGCGUACUACGCCCAUCUUGUUGCCUUCCGUGCUCGCUACCAUCUAGUGGAGAAGGAACAUGACAGUGGAGAAGGCUCACAUCAGUCAGGUUGCAGUGAAGACCGCACUCCUGGAGCUAUGGCACGUGCAAUAACAGUGCAUGCUGACACUAAGAAAGUGAUGUACUUUGCGUAAUGAGUGUAGUAGAACUAUUAAUUGAGAAUCAUUUAUUUUAAAUGUCUUACGAAGAGACUUCAAAUAGUCUCCGUUUGACUGUGAUGACAUGUGCUUCACUCAGGCAACAUUCCUUGUGAAGCUGUGGAGGAUUUGUUGAACUGAAAAAAGUAAUUGAAACACCAAUUUUCUUCAGAAUUAAUGAGGAAAUAGUUAAUUACUCAUGGAAAUGAGCAGCUAUAUGGAGAAGAGAGAUUGUUCAAGUAUUUGUGUGCCUGUGUGUGCAUAUGUUGUAUGUUUUUUAUGUGUGUGUAUUUUCAAUCACGUCCGUCACAAAAAGACUCCAGACAAUAGGUGACAUGCCGGGUAAAUGGUAAAUGCAUUUAUCAUGUUGUGAUCCAAUUUUUAAAAUGUGGAUAUGUUGAUGUGUUAAUUUGAUAUAACAUGUACCAGAAGAUUUUAAAGGAGAUGCUAAGGUUUCCAUUUUAUUUAUGUAAAUUUAUGAGUGUAAGCAUUGAGCACUGUGUGAUGCUUGAAGCGAAGACAUAUAUUGUGAUGAAAAAAUGUAACAUGUAUCAUGUGCCGAGAUCUUUUAGAACCUUUUCUGUGUUAUGUUAGUUAUCAUAUUGUGUGUACAGAUAUUCUCUCUCUCUCUCUCUCUCUCUCUCUCUCUUUCUCUCGUGUGUGUGUGUGUGUGUGUGUGUGUGUGUGUGUGUGUGUGUGUGUGUUUUCAUGCAUGUGGUUGGGUGGGACAGGAAAGAAUAUGUAGUUAGUAUAAUUUCAGUUGCAUUAUUUGUUUGAUAGCAGUUUAUUUGUACAAUAAUUGUGUCACCAAAUCUGUUUAAGGUUGCACAAUGUAUAAUCUUUCUGCACUUUUGGCACUCAAACCUUGCAAAGGGACAUCAUGAACUGGGAAUAAUUAAUCUUUCUGUUUGUUAAAUUAUGUAAAGUUUUUGGAUUUCUUCUUGUUGAGAUUUGAGUCAUUGCUAACUAAUUGUACAGAUGAAAUUCCACAAAUUGUUUUCAUAGUACUCUGUUCAGAGUAGCAAACUGUAAAUAUUUUAGUAUCAUUGUUGUCCCUUGUAAAGCACUAUUUGCUUUGGGAAUAUUGUGAUCUUAAUUUGAAGAACCUAGAAUAUUUCUAACCUUUCUGCAAAACAGAGAGGCAAGGAAAAAAAACUCUAUAAAAGUCUAUAAACAUACUGUUUUGCUCAAACCUGUUUCUCAAAUUUUAAAAUUUUAAUACUUGGUAACUCUGUAGAUGAUUGCAAACUGUCUAGUCAUAAAUUCAUUUAUGUAUAUGUUUCUGUAGAUCUGAGUGCUUAAUUGAAAUUACUUGGAAAUGUUUCGCUGAAGAUACCAGUCACAGUAAUAGAUCAAUAUGACUAUGUUUGUCAAUCAUUGUACUUACUUGAAAUUCAAUCAUAUGUUUAUUUUACUACACAGAUGUUGAAAAUGAUACCAGACAUUUUUCCCCUCUACAUUAUUGGAUAAACUUAGUAAUAGUUUGUAAUUUGACUAUAAGCAGAGAUAAGUGCAUUGCUUAUCAUAGCCACUGUAUGGUCCUGGCAUGAAAACUGAAUUGUGACCUAUCAUUUCCUCAUUUGUCACAAUACCAUAGCACGAUUUCUUCAUCAGUAAUGAGUGCAGAAAUUGUAUUUGUGUAAUAUUAGUUUUUGAUAUCAUAGUCAAUUUCUGUUUCAGUAUUUUCUGUUAGUAACUCUAUUGUAUCUAUGACAUUUAUGUGCCAUUCUCUCUGCAUGUAUUUUAUUUUAUACUUUACGACUUCUUGUUAUUAAUAGCAGUGUGUAUGCGCUAAUAUAAGCAAGACAUCACCAUUCAUAUAUUAUGGAGGUAUUGUAGUAUUAUUUGAUCAGUGGACUGGGAAGCAUAAAGAUGUCACAAAAGAGCAGAUGUCUCAAGACCAUAAAAUGACAAAUCCAUGACUAGGUGGCAAUUUCUGAUUAUUACUUUUGUGUGCAUUUUUGUGCUGUUUAAUGUGUUCCAUCCCCCAGUAUUCUCCAUAAAAAUCCCAUUUAAUUUUAAAUGGGAAAGCAGAUUAUGCAAACUAAUAUUGUUUCCAUUGAUGAAAUGAGCUUGAUUAUUAGGUCAGUUAAGAACUGAGCUUGAGUGGUUGAUGUAUAACAAACAGCAAAUAAGAUAAUUACAGAUUGUUAGCUGUUGCACCUUGGUCCUCAUUAGUAAUGAAAGAAAUCGUAAGAAAUAGGAAAAAUCCAUGUCCAUUUCCGCCCAAAAACUUCUGAAUACACUUUUCAUUUUUCAUUGCUUUCUUUUCAUUUUAUAAAAUGAAAACAUACCUAUUUACCUACCGUUAUUUGUUAGAAAUUGUUAAUUCUAUGCGUGUCCUGUCAUUGGAGGAAAGUUGCUAUUGAAAAAUUAUGCAACAUUACCCACAACAUUUAUGCACUGAGUUAACUUGUUGGCUAGAAUAAUGAUACAUUUAGUUUUUGUUUGAUGUGUUGUUUGUUUGAUAACCCUUAUUAUUUGAGGUUCAAAUACAUUUUGAGAGUAUCAGUGCUUUUGAAAGUAAAGACUAUAUUAUUCAAUGCUAUUUGUUGUUUAGUGUUACUCACUACGAUAAGGAGUUUAAGUUUGAUAUAAAGAUUUUGAUAGUUUCCCAUUUUUUCAGUUUCAUUUACACCCUUUAUUGAUACAGGAUAUUGCUAUUCAUGGUGAAUAUUUUCUGUACAUACCUGAUUUUUUAAAAAAAUUAUAUAGUAAUGUUAAGAAAGCAUUAAAGGGACAAGAGGAAAGUUGAAAAAAUUCCUUAUCCCAGUGGAAGCCAAAAAGCACAGGUGUUUUUUUUCCCCCUUACAAUUCAUUUGCUUGUAAUUGGCUCCCUGUUUGACCCAUGUAUAAUUAUUUUGUGUGUGUGUGUGUGUGUGUGUGUGUGUGUGUGUGUGUGUGUGUGUGUGGUAGUGGGCGCGUGCGCAUGCACGUACGCACAGGUUUUUUAUUUAAAAAAAUUUAAAAAAAAGCAAGUAAUUAAUAAAACCAAAUUGUGAGAUGGAAAUGUUUUUCUACGCCAGGGAUCUAAGUGUUUGUAGUCGUGCUGAGAAGAUAGUUUUAUCUGUAGCAAGGAAGAGUAUUUCAUGGGAAAGCUGUAGGCUAAUGAGCAGUAUUGGCAGCCAAAUGGAGGUGCAAAAUUAGCAAGUAUGGCUGCAAAUAAGGUCUUAUAUCAUCUGACAAGUGCUGAUUCUCUACCAUUAUGUAGCUAAUACGAACAAAGUAAAUGUAAUUGUGUGAGAGUGUGAGCUCACAUCUGUCAAGUCCUAUACAUUAAUUAUGCAGUCCAGUGGUUUCCAAUUCUUAUGUCAACAUAGGGUGUCAGAUUUUACAUAGUAUAAUUAUGUUCCAAGAUAGGUUAUUGUCUAACACUAAUAUUGACUGUACAAAAGUUCUAAGAAAGCUUACUUUAACAGAAUAAUUUCUAACAUAACACUGAUGUAGUAGCUUAUGUGAAUCAGUCUUCAGAUGUAUAUGGGCACCAACUUUGUUUUUGGAUAUUUGGAAUUUUUUUUUACCCAUGUUUUUUCUCUUUUCAUUCUUUUUUUCCAAUACUAUUUUUUCAUUCAUCAUAUGGUAUAAUUAGUCCUAAUCACCAUUCCCACUCAUAGUUAAUUUUAUUUACUUUUGUGACUUCUUAUUUAGUUUUAUUUCGUGUUUCUCCUGGUUUCUAUAAUCUGCUUGAUGCCAUUUUUCUAGCAGUCUUUAUUUUUUUCCCCGCUUGUGUAAAUAAAUGGGACCGAUUGCGCCAACCAUUAUAGAUUGGAUUGAUUGUAUUUUCAUCUUUUGUUUGAGAAUGCUCAGCUUGUGUAAUGUUCAACAUUUAAAUUUUUGUUAUAGGUUUUGAAUUUUGUGUAUCUUAAUUAUUAGUAUGUUCUUCAAAACUGGGUGUAUUUAUUGACAGGGAGGAUUCAUUAUUUGUUGAAAAUAGUUAUUUUCUGUAUGUCAAAUGCUGUUUGUAUUGUUUCAAAGUAAUUGGUUUUGGUUAGUG